UCAUUCUGCUCAACCAACCCGAUCCUUCGGCCUAUAUAAGACAACACAACCUCUUUUUCCUCUCUUCAAUUCAAUUCUGCAGUUUUGAACAAGUCUUUCGUCUACAAUCUUCGAUAAUCCUAUCAAAUCUAGUGCUCCUCCUACACUCAUGGGCGAGCAAAAGGAAGCCGCAAAGAAUGACGGAGAAAAGAAGCCCGCCGCCGCCGCGGCUCCCGAUGCCGGCGCCAAGAAGGACGACGGAAUAGUCCCCAUCAUUCUGAAGCUUGAUCUGCAUUGCGAGGGUUGCGUUAAGAAAAUCAAACGAGCAAUCACUAAAAGUUUCCAAGGUAUCGAUAAAGUGACAGCGGACAUCGGUGCCAAUAAACUGACGGUAAUCGGGAAAGUCGAUCCGGUAGCCGUUAAAGAAAAAGUGGAGCAAAAGAUUAAUAAGAAAGUGGAGCUUGUCUCUCCUUUGCCUAAGAAAGAUGCCGGAGGAGAUAAAAAGCCGGCGGAAGCCAAACCGGCGGAGAAGAAACCCGCCGAGGAUAAGAAGCCUGCCGAGGUCCAAAAGCCAAAACAGAGUACGGUGGUUCUGAAGAUCAGGUUGCAUUGCGAGGGAUGCAUACAUAAAAUAAAGAAAAUUAUCUCCAAAAUCAAAGGAGUUGAAUCAGUAGAGAUUGAUGCUGGCAAAGAUUUGGUCACCGUGAAGGGCACGAUGGACGUGAAAGAGCUCACUCCUUAUCUCCAAACCAAGCUCAGAAGAAGCGUCGACGUGGUCCCGCCGCCGGCGAAGAAAGAAGACGGCGCUAAGGCUCCCGCCGGCGAUAAGAAAGACGCCGGUGCCGGUGAUAAGAAAGGCAAAGAUGCCGCCCCCGCCGGUGAAGAAAAGAAGAAGGAAGAGAAGAAAGAAGGUGACGCCAAAGCUCCCGCCGCCGCUGCAGCAGCAGCUCCGGCGAAGGUUGAGGUGAACAAGAUGGAAUACUUUGGUUACGGUCAGCCAUCGACGAUGUAUUACGAAGAUCCUAUCUCGGCUCACAAUCGGUACGUGAUGGAGGCCCACGCGCACCAGGCGUUCGUGAGCGAGAAUUACGCGGCGAACCAUGGUUAUCCGAUGAAUAAUGGCUAUGGCUACGGAGCCCCUAUGAACCCUUACCAGGCGCCUCAAAUGUUCAGUGACGAAAAUCCAAAUGGCUGUUCCGUAAUGUGAUCAAUGAUUGUUCGAUUGUUAGAUCGAUGAAUCCAACGGCGACUGAGUAAUUCUUAGUGUACUAAAAUUUUAAGCUGUAAAUAAUAAUAAUAAACAUAUAUAAAAAAAAAGUAAAUAAAUAUGUUAUAGAGAAAUGACAGGGAAAAAAGGAACAAAAGUAAAUAGGCGAACUUACAAAGGGAGACAAAAUAGUAGAAUUUUCUAUAUUUUGUCGUUUUUUUUUAGACUAGGGGUUUGGUUAGAUGGGCUUGGUGUAACUAAGCCGGCUCGGCUGGUGAAGCUGGGUUCAGUUGGUGGUUUGGUUGGUACGGUGGUGGUUGUUUGUUACUUUUGUUACUUUUGUUCUUUUUGUUUAUCAAAUUUUGAUGUAAAUUUUUUACUAAUAUAAAAUAAUAUCCUUGAUUACAAAAUUAAACAAAAACAA